CGCACAUCUUGCACUUCUGCAGGGAAGCGACCUGAUCUGAAUCUGGAGCUUCGAAGGUCAGUCUUGCCAGGCUGGGAGAUCGGAGAAUCAGAUCAUCGGUCUUCUCCCAUCUGGCUUCGGACGACAUGCUUCUUCGUAUAAGGUCCCCUGCGGGGACAUCUCGUAUCAACGUCGAGCCCACGACGCCUGGUGAGGAACUCGCCAAUCUCAUUCUCGGAACCAUCCCUCCAUCUGAGCCGCAACCCGACCCAUCUACUCUCAAGCUGAGUAAUCAGCCUGGAAAUUCUGGUGAAAGCGUGACGUUUGAUGCUUUGAGAGGGCGAAAAGUGGGAGACAUGGGCUUCAGACACGGAGAUCUUUUGUUCCUCUCCUACAGAGCUGUAGAGGCCUCAACUUCGACGUCCCAUCCACCUCCCCAACCGGACCCAUCCCACCCUCAUACCCAUACGGACCCGCCACUACCCGGCGUCAUCCCCUUGGCAGACCUCUCCCGUGUCGAAGAAGAGCCCAUCGAUAUCUAUUGGAAUGGUCAAGAUGGCAAGAUCGCUCGGAAACGAGAUCCGAAUUUUUGUCGUCAUGGCGAAAAGGGCAUGUGCGACUAUUGCAUGCCAUUAGAACCCUACGAUCCCAAAUAUCAAUCUGAGAACCAGAUCAAACAUCUCUCAUAUCAUGCUUAUCUUCGCAAAUUACUCUCAACUCGAUCCGCUUCAUCUCCAUCCUUACCUCCUCUCACGCCUCUCUCUCUUUCCGUCAUGACCCCCUGUCCUACUGGCUCUCAUCCUCCAUUUCCUGCUGGCAUUUGCUCAACCUGUCAGCCCUCCGCCUUGACCCUCACUUCACAGCCGUAUCGAAUGGUGGAUCACGUGGAGUUUUCCAGCCCCUCCAUCAUCAAUGGACUGCUUGAUGCUUGGAGGCGGACAGGAACUCAGCGCCUGGGGUUCCUCAUUGGCAGAUUCGAGAAGUAUGAAAAAGUACCCAUGGGAGUCAAGUCGAUCGUUGAAGCUGUUUGGGAGCCUCGACAAGAGGGCGAAGUUGAUGGUCUGACCAUUGAGACCCCAUGGUCAGAUCAAGAUCGAGUCAGCGAGAUUGCUUCAUGGUGCGAGAAGGGUCUCUGUGUCGUCGGCAUGAUCUACACAGACCUCACGCCCGCCGAGGACGUCACCAAGGUCCUCUACAAGCGCCACGCCCAAUCCUUCACCGCAUCCUCCCUAGAAAUGCUGCUCUCCGCCGCUUACCAGAUCUCUCAUCCCCUCAAGACCAAGUCAUCCACCACUGGCCUCUUCUCCUCUCGUUUCGUGACUUGCUGUCUCACCGGAACCGAGGAAGGUGGCAUCGACGUGAUUGCCUGGCAGGCGACUGAGCAAGCCGAAGCUAUGGUGCGAGCCGGAAUCGUCGAGGCGAGCGUGGAUCCUGGCACAGUUCGAGUGCGGAAACCUGGCGAUGGCGAAUACAUACCUGAAGUCUUCUACAGUUUCAAAAAUGAGUACGGUAUACAAGUCAAGAUGCCGGCCAAGCCCACAUUUCCAGUCGAAUACCUUUUUGUCAACGUGACCCAUGGUUUCCCCGUGGAACCCAAUCCUCUUUUCCUCAGCAAUUCAUUCCCCACCGAAAACAGACCUGGUCUGCAUGAUCAGUCGUUAGAGGUGGUCAUUGCCCAGCUUUCUUCUAUCAUUAGUUCAAGCGACGGUCGGGUUGGAGACAUCGACACCUGGCCGCCUCGGAUACGCAACGAAGUCUCCAAGUGGUUGAGCGAUUGGCACUUGGUCGCGUUCCUAUGCAUGCAAGGCAUGUUCAGCAAUGAUGAACAAAAACUGCUGUGCCGAGCCGCCACUGCUCAUGCGCAUCCCAAUGAUAAGCAGUCGCUCGAGCUGUUCUUACACUGUGCUGGAUGGCAGACUCUCUUGACUAUUGCUGAAUCAUCGAGCUCUGCUCGAGAUGCCACGCCCUCCGCAGCGUUCGACGCCAUGGGUAUAGAAUCGCCGACACGUGGUGCAUCGGGAGCUUCUUCAGCCCGCUCGUCUACUCCUCUGGCUGCAUCUAGCGAGAAGAUCUGCCCCCACUGUACAUUUGUGAACCCCUCCAGUCGCUCAGACUGUGAGAUCUGUGGUUUACCGUUAGAUGGAUAGAUAUGUAUGCAUCAGCGCCACAGAGUCGUUCAG